AUGUCUGCCGCCGCGCAAGACAAGACCGGCGAGAAGCUGGCAGAGGCACGCCCCGUGUCCUCGCUCCAGCAGGCGCAGACAACACAGGAUGUCGACAUCGAGGAUCCGGACAAGUCCAUGACCUACGCCAUCGGCGAGAUCAAGGAGCACUUCGACAUCGACUCGGACAACUCGCCGUUCCCCGAGGUCCGCGCCAACGUGCCCAACACGGACGACGUCUCGAUGCCGGUCAACACCCUCCGCAUGUGGGUUCUCGGCGUCCUCUUCACCAUGGUCGGCUCCGGCAUCAACCAGUUCUUCUCCAUGCGCUACCCGGGCGUGACCAUCUCGUCGCUGGUCGCUCAGCUCAUCGCCUACCCCGUCGGUUGCGCCGUGGCUCGCAUCCUGCCGGUGAAGAAGGUCCAUGUCUUUGGCCGGGAGGUUGUCAUCAACCCGGACCACUACUUCAACAUCAAAGAGCACGCCGUGAUCACCAUCAUGUCUAACUUGUCGUUCGGCCCGUCCUGGGCGACCGACAUUAUCCAGGCGCAGAAGGCUUCGGCCUUUUAUGGUCUCGACACCCCAGUGCCGUAUCAGUUCCUGCUCGGCCUUUCGAUGCAGCUGUUUGGGCUCGGCAUGGCCGGGUUGGCGUAUCGCUUCAUCGUCGAGCCUCCUCAUAUGAUCUGGCCAUCAACUCUAGCCAACGCCGCACUGUUCCAGACUUUGCACGGACGAGCGAAUCCCGUCGCCGAUGGAUGGAGAAUCUCGAGGUAUCGGCUCUUCUUAUAUGUCUUCAUCGGUGGUUUCUUCUGGUACUGGCUUCCCGGCUACCUCUUCACCGGCCUGAGCACGUUUGCCUUCAUCUGCUGGGCCGCUCCAAACAACGUCGUGGUCAACAACCUCUUCGGAAUGUCCACCGGUCUGGCCUACCUACCAACCACUUUCGACUGGUCUCAAAUCGCCUACAACGGCUCGCCCCUAGUCGUCCCAUUCUGGGCGCAAGCCAACGUAUUCGCCGGCUGGGUCAUCCUCUUCGCUCUGGUCACCCCGAUCCUGUACUACACUAACACGUGGUACACCGCGUAUCUCCCGUUCUCGGGUGCCGACACCUACGACAACACGGGCAAGAUCUACAACGCCACUCGAGUGGUCGACAAGGACGGCAACUUCAUCGUCGAGGAGUACGAAAAGUACAGCCCCCUCUUCAUGCCGGUCACCUUCGCCCUCAGCUACGGGAUCUCCUUCGCCGUGAUGAGCUGCGUCCCGACGUACAUCUUCAUCAACCACUACAAGGAGAUCAUCGGCGCGUUCAACCCGGGUCGGAAGAAGGACAUCCACGCCCGCCUGAUCGAGAAGUAUCCCGAUACGCCGUGGUGGUGGUACGCGAUCCUGACCGUCAUCGUCUUGGUCCUGUCGAUCGUCGUUCAGGUGGUCUACAAGACGCAGAUGCCGGUCUGGGGCAUUUUCGUCGCCUUCGGUCUGGCCAUGAUCUACCUCAUCCCCACCGGCAGCGUCUAUGCGGUUGCCAACCUGAACAGCAACGUGCUGACGGUCUUGGGCGAGAUCGUUUCCGGCUACCUCAUCCCGGGCAAGCCUAUCGUCAUGCUGAUUUUCAAGUUCUACGCGUACACGGGACUGAGCCAGGCCAUGAUCUUCUCAUCGGAUAUGAAGCUUGGAUUGUACAUGAAGAUUCCUCGACGAACGCUCUUCAUUGCCCAGUUGACGGCUUGCAUCACAGGCUCGCUCACUCAGAACGCCGUUCUUCUCUGGAUGCUCAACAACGUUAAAGGGAUCUGCUCGGAGUCUCAGCCAAACGGAUAUACCUGCCCACAAGGACGCGUCAACUUCUCUUCGAGUAUCGUGUGGGGUGCGAUUGGCCCUGCUCGACUUUACAGCGUCGGAAAGAUCUACUCGGGGCUGCUACAUUUCUUCUGGAUUGGUGCCCUCCUGCCCAUUGUCACUUUCUUUCUCAAGAAGCGGUUUCCGAACAACAAAUUCCUCCAAUAUCUUCACUGGCCUCUGUUCUUUGCCGGCACAGGAAACGUACCUCCGGCGACAGGCAUCAACUAUACAUCUGCCUUUGCGGUUUCAUUCAUAUUCAACAAGUGGCUGAAGGGCAAGUAUCCGCAGUGGUGGGCGAAGUACAACUACGUUCUCUCAGCGGCUCUCGAUUCCGGCCUGGCCAUUUCCGCCAUCGUGAUCUUCUUCGCCCUCGUCUUUCCGGGAGUCGGUCUCAGCUGGUGGGGGAACAACGUAAACAAAUUCACAGUCGACGGCCAGGGGACUCCAUGGAGAGCCAUUCCUUCGAACGGCACUUUUGGGCCGGCCAGAUGA